GCAGGAACAGAGGGGAAGGAAAUGUCCCUCCGGUGAGGAUGAACCUGGUGUCUAUGGCGACAGAUCCCAAGCUGCCAUGGGUAACGCUGUGGGCCCGCAUCAGGUGGGCAGCGGUGCUCGGGCUGCUGCUGGGCUUGCUCGUGGUGCUGCUGGUGCCGGCUGCGGAGGACCGGUGCCACGCGGUGCUCCGGGGGCUCUCCUUCCUGAAGAGUAAGCUGAGCGCCGGCUCCUCGGGGGUCACCUGCUACACGGGGCAGACCACGGAACUGAGCGUGGCCUCCAACGGGCUGGAGCUGCUGGUGCUGAAAGGCAAAGCCUCCCCAGAGGUGAAGUUAGAAGCCAGAGCAGCUCUGAACCAAGCCCUCGAAAUGAAGCGCCAAGGCAAGCGGGAGAAAGCCCACAAACUCUUUGUGUACGCCCUCAAGAUGGACCCCGAUUAUGUGGAUGCCCUGAAUGAAUUUGGGAUCUUUUCUGAAGAGGAAAAAGACAUUCUUCAAGCUGACUACCUGUACUCCAAAGCACUCACCAUUUCUCCCUUCAACGAGAAGGCUUUGAUCAAUCGGGACCGGACGCUCCCUUUGGUGGAAGAGAUUGACCAGAGGUAUUUUAGCAUUAUUGACAGCAAGGUUAAAAAGGUGAUGGCAAUUCCCAAAGGGAAUUCCGCCCUGCGCCGGGUGAUGGAGGAGUCCUACUACCACCACAUCUACCACACGGUCGCUAUUGAAGGCAACACUCUGACGCUGUCCGAAAUACGGCACAUCAUUGAGACCAGAUACGCCGUUCCUGGGAAGAGCUUAGUGGAGCAGAACGAGGUGAUCGGGAUGCACGCAGCUCUCAAGUACGUCAACACCACGCUGGUGUCCCGCAUCGGCUCCGUCACCACCAGUGACAUCCUGGAGAUCCACCGGCGGGUGCUGGGCUAUGCCGACCCGCUGGAGGCAGGGCGCUUCAGGACUACUCACGUGUUUGUAGGACAUCACAUCCCACCGCAUCCCCGGGACGUUGAGAAGCAGAUGCAGGAGUUCGUGCAGUGGCUGAACUCGGAAGAUGCCAUGAGCUUGCACCCUGUGGAAUUCGCUGCGUUAGCCCACUACAAGUUGGUUUAUAUCCAUCCAUUCACAGAUGGCAACGGGAGGACCUCGCGCCUGCUGAUGAACCUCAUACUCAUGCAGGCAGGUUACCCCCCCAUCACCAUCCGCAAGGAGCAACGGGCUGAGUAUUACCACGUCCUGGAAGUGGCCAACGAGGGUGAUGUGAGGCCUUUCAUACGCUUCAUUGCGAAGUGUACAGAGACAACCCUGGACAUGCUGCUCAUUGCCACCACCGAGUACUCCGUGGGCUUACCUGAGGCAGAUGGCAGCGCUGCUGGCUGCAAACAAACCAUCCCCGUCAAGACUUGAGGGUUGUGGACAUUGCAGAGCCACUGAACACCAAGGCACUUGGUAUUCCUGCUGGGAAAUAACUGGACAGGAGGUGUCACUCUUUAGCAUUUUGUUUAUUUAAAGUGUCUUACAUUGGAUUAAAUUAAUAUAAUUUAUUUAUAUACCUUAUGCCAAGCUGAAACGUGAACUGUUGAUGGUGACUGUGCUUGUGCUACUGGAAGGAGGUGGGGAGAGGCAUUGAGGGGCUCCACAAGCUGAAGUAGAAUUUAAUUUCUCCUUAAUUGUAAGCUUUGAGCAGCUGCUUCAAUGACAGCCCUUCACCUGGUUUCCUUUCAGUUGCCUUUGUACAACAAGUGGGAAGUGUUUGGUUUUGAUUACAGAUGAUGUGGCUGGAACAAGAAAUGCUGACUUACUUCAGUGUGAGGUGCUCCAAGGCCUUGCCUCAUCCCCACCUCACUGAGCAGGAUCCCUGGGAACUGCAGGAAUCUGUGUCCUUACACAUUUCAGUUUAGGGCUUGGAAGGAGCUUCUGCAAAGCCACGGGCAGAGGAGGUUGUUCUACACAACUGUAAGACAACCUCUGUCAGUGGUGCCGAUGUGGUGAGAAGGGGUAUAGCAAAGGUGCCAAAAACCUGAAGUCUCUUCAAUCUGCGCAAGAGAACUUGUCACAAUUAGUUACUAGAUCACAUUAUUACUGUGACAAAUGGAUCACGAAUCACACGAGGCCUCUCUGUGCUGCAGUGGCAGUUAGUGCAGGUCCUGGAAGCUGCUGUGCAGCGCCAAGAAGUGCACCUUAUCUUUGUUUUUAAGGUAAAAGCACCUGCAGCCUGAGCCAGAACAGCUCCCUCCACCCCUCCCUGCCAGCUCUGCAGCAGCACAACUGAUCCCAACAUCCUUAAGUUCAGAAAACUUGGGAUCCAAUCCAGUUUAGAGUGCUGUUAAGCUCAACCCCUUUGCCAAACACAGCAUAAGACUGUCCCUGGCCAGUGUUAGGCCUCUUCCCUUCUUACUUUGUUCCCUGCAAGGUAGUCAGGAUGCAUCUUACACAAGCAAACAAUAAACUGGGAAUUACCUGUCCCCUACAGCACCACUCCAUGCUUCUGUACCAGCUACUGCUGCCAGGGAAAGCAAACAAUAAAUGAGGAAGGUUG